ACAAACAUCACCAAUGAUCUCAUAUCCUCACUAAGCAUAAAUUAAAUAAAAUAGCUAGAAACUCAAUUGAAUUUUUGAUCUUCAGCGCAUUCAGACUCGUUGUGACCUCUCGCUAACUCACCAUGGCUCGUCAAAAUACCCUGAGCAAGGCUCUUGUAGGCCUACUGCCUCUCGCUUCAGCAGCUUCACUCAACUCCGAGUACACCUUCAAUCCUCUUCACCAUCUCGCUGGAAUUGCUCCAUACUUCGAGCCCCAAGACCCUCCCGCUUCUCCCGAUGCGCCCCAAGGCUGCACUCCCGAACGCGCUGCGUAUCUCGUGCGACACGCUGCUAUUUAUGCCAACGAUUUUGACUUUGAGGAGUACAUUGAGCCAUUCAUUGAGAAGAUUCAGAACAAGACCAAGAUCGAUUGGAGCAAGAUUCCUUACCUGAACUUUUUGGACGAUUGGGAGCCACCCAUUUCCGACGCCGAGGUUUCGCUUUUGACCAACGUGGGAAGACUUGAGGCCACGCGAUUGGGAGUUGAUCUCGAGUUCCGAUACCCCGAGUUCAAGCAGCCCAAGAAGGUCUGGACAUCUUCUGCCGAACGAACCGUCAAGUCCGCCCAAUCUUUCGUCCGUGGUCUUGAGUCCGACGAUAAGUCUAUCAAGGUCGAGACCAUUUAUGAGUCAGAAGAAUCUGGUGCCGACAGCCUGACUCCCUACAAGGCUUGCCCCGCCUACGAUGGCUCUACCGGCAGUGAUGAGGCUGAAGUCUACCAGAAGAAGUACGCUAAGCCGAUCGUCGAUCGCUUCAACGCUCUUGCAUCAGACUUUAACUUCACUGUCAACGAUAUCUUUGGCAUGCAGCAGCUUUGCGGCUACGAGACUGUUACUCGCGGAAAGUCGCCGUUCUGCAACCUUGAGCUUUUCACUCCCGAUGACUGGCUUGGCUGGGAGUACUCCGAGGACGUACGAUAUCACUAUAACGCUGGAUACGGUAACCAGAUCUCUGGUUACGUCGGCAUGCCCUGGCUCAACACUACAGCUGGUCUCCUCCUUGGUGAUGAUUCCGAUGAGGAGCUUUACGUCAGCUUCACGCACCGUGAACUGCCUCCCAUGGUCCUCGUCGCGAUGGGUCUCUUCAACAACUCCGAGCCCGCCGGCACAGAAUCUCAGAUCAACGACACCAUGCCUCUGAGCAAGAUCAACUACCGUCGCGCUUGGAAGAGCUCUCACGUCCUACCCUUCCUCAGCAACAUCGCCAUUGAGCGCCUCAACUGCACCAACACCUACGGCUACGAGGAUGGAGAGUACUACCGCGUUUUGGUCAACAGUGCGCCUCAACCUCUACCUUACUGCGAAGACGGCCCCGGAACAAGCUGCACCCGAAAGAGUUUCGAGGAGUAUGUUCAGGACAGAGUCGAAAGGUUUACUGGCUUCUCAGAAAAGUGUGGAGUGGAGUACGAUAACUCUACUGACAUUCUGUCCAUUUACAACAAUUAAUGAUAAUCAUGAGUAUGUAACUUUAAUUGAAAUACAUCUAAUAUUCAUCAUCUUCGAUUUGACGGUGCCACCCCUUACGAACCUUGUGGCUGAGCGUAGAGUUUUCAGUGCCCAGUGAGAGGGAACAAGACGUCGCUGCAGAAAGCUUAAAUCGAAUAUGUCCAGGCAUGAUUUUACGCUUCGGAGUACUUGAAGGAAAAAUGGUUGCAAACGUGGCUGUGAACCCAAAGUCCACUAGGCUCUGCUCUUCGAAUCACGCCAGGGAGAGCAGAUCUUGCAGUCUUCAAGACAACGGCUAACUCUCUUGAUACCAGACGUAAAAGAAAGAAAUUUGAUCCAUUUUGUUUAUUAAUCAGUAUUGGUCUGUCAAAAUGUGCUCAGAUAUUAAGCUUUCUUG